UGGGAAAUCCAGACCCCGACAGCGGCGCACACUCUAACGGAGUUCAGCGGUUCUUAAAGAGUCCGCGGGAGAAGCCGCAGCUCCGGCAGCCACUCUGCCGAAGGAAAGGCGCUGGGAGGCGGAGUGACGGGGCCGCGGAGACCCGCUGGCUUUGUUCCGCUUUAAUAAAACUCGUUAGUAGUAGGAGCGCUGCAGGAAAGCAGCGAAUGGGACCCGCAGAAUAUCGCUGCUGCUCCUUCCCUAUCCUGGUUUGACGGGCAACUCGAGCUUCGCGAGAACCCCGGGUGCACGCUUGUAAAGGAGCAGAGAUGAGAAGUGUGUGGUGGCAGCUGUGGGACGUGGCCCUGCUGGUGGCUGUGUGUGUGCCAUCUUGCAUGGGGCAGACCACACCAACUCCUGCAGUUGAAAGUAGCAAGCUGAAGUUUCGACUUGCCGGCUACCCCCGGAAGCACAACGAGGGACGUGUGGAGAUCUUCUACAAGGGUGAAUGGGGCACCAUCUGCGAUGAUGACUUCUCCUUGGCCAAUGCUCAUGUGUUGUGUCGCCAGCUGGGUUUCAUCUCUUCUAUUGGUUGGACACACAGUGCAAAGUAUGGCAAGGGCACAGGGAAGAUCUGGCUGGACAACGUACAGUGCAGCGGCACAGAGGACAGUAUUAGCCAGUGUAAAUCCCGCGGAUGGGGGAACAGUGACUGCACCCACGACGAAGAUGCUGGCGUGGUCUGUAAGGAUGAGCGGCUGCCGGGUUUCGUGGACUCCAACGUCAUCGAGGUACAGGUGGAGGAUGACAGGGUUGAGGAGGUCCGUCUGCGCCCUGUGGUGGCACUUGCGAAAAAGAGGUUACCGGUCACUGAAGGCAUUGUGGAGGUGAGGUACAAGGAUGGCUGGGGUCAGAUUUGUGACCUGGGUUGGAAUCCCAAGAACUCCCGUGUCAUCUGUGGCAUGAUGGGCUUCCCCUAUGAGAGAAAGGUCAACAAGAACUUCUACAAGCUCUACACAGCGAGGCAGCGCAAUUUCUACCGUCUCCACACUGUCAAGUGCACGGGCACUGAGGUGCACCUCUCGGCCUGCCCCCUGCAGUUCAACAAAGGCAAUACCAGUGCCAGUUGCGAGGGGGGCGUACCGGCCGUGGUGAGCUGCGUGCCAGGCCCCCAGUACUCCCAGGCCAGCAGCCAGAAGAAGCUCAAAGUGAUGAGCACCGUGAGGUUGAAGGCAGGCGCCCGGUUCGGCGAGGGCCGUGUCGAGGUGCUCCGCAGCAGCCAGUGGGGCACGGUGUGUGACAGCCUCUGGAACCUGCAGGCGGCCAGUGUGGUGUGCAGGGAACUGGGCUUCGGCAGUGCCAAAGAAGCCCUGAGGGGGGCACGCAUGGGUCAAGGAAUGGGGCCGAUCCACAUGGGUGGCGUCGAGUGCACGGGCAAUGAGAGGUCCAUCUGGAGCUGUCGCUACCAGAACGUCACCUCCGAGAAGUGCAAGCACACGGAGGAUGUCUCCGUGAGGUGCAACGUGCCAUACAUGGCCUACGAGAACAUGAUCCGUAUUAUGGGGGGACGCACACGCUACGAAGGGCGCGUGGAGGUGGCGACCACCAGUGCAAAUGGAACGCAGGGCUGGGGGCUCAUCUGUGGAGAUGGCUGGAGCACACGGGAGGCCAUGGUCGUAUGCCGGCAGCUGGGCCUGGGCUACGCUAACCACGGUCUGCAAGAAACGUGGUACUGGGAUGGCAGCAAUGUGACAGAGAUGGUACUGAGUGGGGUCAAGUGCACUGGGAACGAGAUGUCCCUCAGCCAAUGCCAGCACCACAAGAGCUCCAGCUGCCUGAGGACAGGGCCGCGCUUUUCUGCCGGGGUCAUCUGUUCUGAGACGGCUUCAGACCUGAUCCUGAACGCCUCCCUCGUUGAGCAGACCGUGUACAUGGAGGACCGGCCGCUCCACAUGCUGUACUGUGCGGCCGAGGAGGACUGUCUGUCCAAGUCGGCUGCCAAGGCCAACUGGCCGUACGGCCACCGACGCCUGCUGCGCUUCUCUUCCCAGAUCCACAACAUCGGCCGCGCCGACUUCCGCCCCAAGGCUGGGCGCCACUCCUGGGUGUGGCACGCCUGCCAUGCGCAUUACCACAGCAUGGACAUCUUCACACACUAUGACCUGCUGUCCGCCAACGGUACUAAAGUAGCCGAAGGCCACAAAGCCAGCUUCUGCCUGGAGGACAGCGAGUGCCAGGAAGAUGUGGCGAAGCGAUACGAAUGCGCUAACUUUGGGGACCAGGGCAUCACCGUGGGCUGCUGGGACCUCUACCGUCACGACAUCGACUGCCAGUGGAUCGACAUCACUGACGCCAAGCCGGGGAACUACAUCCUGCAGGUUGUGAUAAAUCCAAACUUUGAAGUGGCAGAAAGUGACUUCACCAACAAUGUCAUGAAGUGUAACUGCAAAUAUGAUGGACAUCGCAUCUGGUUGCACAACUGCCACCUCGGUGACGCGUUCAGUGAGGAGGCCGAGAGGAGGUUCGAGAAGUACCCGGGACAGCUGAAUAACUACAUCUCCUAAACUGAGACACAGCCCUUGGCACAGUGGCACCAACACAGCACAGCCCAACCAGGACAGCUCUGCAUUUCACCACUGGCCAGUUCUACAGUUUGGGGUGCAUCUUGCACCCUUUCCUUUCUGACAAAUUUUUUGAAAAGUGCUCCCAGAAGAAAUCUACAUCAAGAUGAAUGCUAAAUUCUGGAAUGCAGAACUCUGUCCAUUGUUGGAACGGUAAGGUGAACAUUAGAAAGUUACAUAUUUAUUCACCAAAGAGUCCCGGAGCAGAUGAAAGUAUCAUCAGGCCAGAUCGCUCACUUGUGACCGAGUCGCUUUAUUACAAAUAAAUACGAUCAUAGUUGAGAAUGCUGGUCUACUUACACCUUAUACUUUAGAAUUUUAAGGCAAAAUUUGUCCAGAUUCAGAGGUCUGCUCGGUAUUAUAACACGGGGAGAACAGCAGUAUGUAUGUAAUACUUGAAUUUAUUAACGCUUUCUAAUUGUAACAGACUUUUACCGUCUUUGCUGUUCUGGAUCUUAUGCAACAAACAUGUUAAUGCUUUUACAAAAAUACUAAUGCAAGACAUUUUAUUAUUUGUCAGUGUGAUGCAGAGAGAUUUUAACCUGGUGAAUUUAAGGACUUGUAUGCAUGAAUUGGCAAAAGUAAUACUGUUCAUUGUCAGUUCGGGUCAUCGGGAGACAGAUUCUCAUGUGGUUCAGUGUGUUCUCAACACUAUCUGCAGUCAGUGUUGGCACUGACUGUGUUUCCAUGGGAACCGGUUCUGAACAAGGACUUUGUGAAAACAUACAGUAGAUUGACAUAGUUUAACAGAUGUCUUACCAUUGUUACCAUGGAAACCACCAUUGCUAUAGCUGAGCUUGGGUUUGAGGAACAUGUGACAUCAUUAAAGACAUGAUGCCACCACUGACAUGUUCUUGUCGCACCGGGGGUUGAGGUGCUGACAGUGCCGAAAUAGAGCUGUGUGCCAGUGACAGUGUAUACUGGUGCCAUGCAGUACCGCCGGUACUGAUCCUGCUUAUAGAAAGCAGCAGUGCUCUGCAAAGACAAAGGUGCUAGAGGCAGCAAAACUAGUGAAAUGCUGCUUUAAACUUUAUUGUUUUAUGUGUUUGUCUAAGUACAUGUAGGAAUUAAACAAGGGACAGUUGGGAAACUCAUCAUGAGCAGUUCUGAUCACGGUCUUACCUGAACUUAACAUUUUUUUGAAUUUCCAUAAUCAGCAGAAGUACUUUUAGAUGGAUGAAGAGUACAGUUAAUUGUAACUUGAUUAGGAGUCUAAACAAUGAGCCUUUUUAUAAAGCCUUUAUGCAUUGAGUUGCCCAAUAAUAUAUACCAGAAUAUGCAUUACUGAAAACAUAUCUUUUUCAGCCUAGAUUUUAAAUCUUGAACAAAUUUUAUAUAUGUAUAUAUAUUGCCUGACAUUAUAUUCCUUUAUCAGUAAAAUACUGCAGUGUAUGAAAAUAAGCUUUUUCUAAUUGUCCUGUAUGUUUGUUCAUUUUAUUGUAUUAAUUGCCAGUAUCCUGGAACACCAGUGUGUCCAGGACAGUAAUUAAUUUAAUUCACUCACUCACUCCUACAAGCUGUCUAUCAUCUGCUACAGGGGAUAAAUGUAACAUACGUAUGCAAAACAGAAUUUCACUAAUAAAAUGAAACCAGGAGCUCA